GUAGGAAGGUAAAUAAAAUCGCAUCCCAAUAUUGAUUGUAGAUAGUAUUUAUUGUAUUCUGAGUGUUGAGUGAUAUUCUGGCGACGAUGAAAACCUUGGUUUUACUUUCAGCAAUAUUUGCUUGUUCUUGGGCAACGAUAACUUCACCAAUUAUUAAUGAAAAUAUUAAGUUAAAUAGAAAUAUGGUGGAUAGUUUAUUAGUCAAAUAUGCAGAAAAGGCUAGUGAAGGCGAUACUGGAGUUAUAACAGCAGUAGUGAAUAAUUAUGCUGAUCGAUUAUUCCAACAUAUCCAAACUUUUGCUGUUUCCCAUAGUUUGGAUCCCGUAUACCUGGACGAUAUUAGCGAGAAUUUUCUAGGUUCUUCUCUCACUUUGAAAAAUGGAACUCUGAAUGGUAUCUCGACUAUCAGUAGAUACAAUGAUGUCAAAGUUACCUAUCAACAUAAUACAAGGAAGCUGGUGACGGAAUUCCCUUUAAUUUUUUCUAAACUGAACUUCGUUUAUCAGUAUCAUGUUCUCGUACUUUUUAUCGGACCGAAGGGCGAGAUGACCGGAAAUAUAGAUAACUUCAAGGCCAAUGUUCAACUUAGUUUCGAUUUCAACACUUACACUGCAAAAAUCGAAAAGUUAACAACAAUGGAUUCUGGGCACAUUUCCCUGACAUUCCAUGGACAAGGUCUGGUUGAUUUAGUAGUGAACAUCCUGUCCGAAUUCGUGACCACAAUUCUACAUCCUCUUCUCACUGCCAUAAUUGAAGGAAGAGUGAAGGAUGCUGCUAGCGCUACUGUUAACCAAGUCAACAAUUUCAUUGGAAAUUUGCUUCAUCCAAACUCGACUCAUAACAAUACUUAUAUUUACUAAGAGUUGUGUGAAAUUUUAGUUUCGAAGAAUAUAUUUAUACGUUCGUUUAUAACAAUAAUAAUCAACGUUUUCAUGAAUCAGCCUGUAUAAUUGAAAAUAUAUAAUAAAUUUAUAUUUUUUUA